UCAUCAUGGCGGAGUUGCUGCUAGAUCCGGCUAUCCGUUUGUGGGUUAUUUUGCCCAUUGUAAUAAUAACGUUUCUUGUCGGAAUAAUCAGGCAUUAUCUAUCUAUGCUUCUACAGUCAAGGAAAGAUUUAGAUCUGUUACAAGUCUCCGACAGUCAAGCUUUGAUGAGGAGCAGAAAUCUUAGAGAAAAUGGAAAAUAUCUUCCUGAAGAGAGUUUUGAGGCCAGACGACAUUUCUUCAAUGACGAGACAGAAGGGUAUUUUAAAACACAGGAUAGGAAAGGACCAGUCAAGAAUCCAAUUUCAGAUCCAACAAUGAUGGUGGACAUGGCCAAAGGAAACAUUACAAAUGUUUUACCAAUGAUCCUCAUUGGAGGCUGGAUCAACUGGCAUUACUCUGGUUUCAUUACAACAAAAGUGCCAUUUCCACUAACAUUGCGAUUCAAAGCCAUGUUACAGCGUGGCAUUGAUCUCACAACCUUGGAUGCAUCUUGGGUUAGUUCUGUGUCCUGGUAUUUCAUCAACGUGUUUGGUCUCAGGAGCAUGUAUGCACUUGUUCUGGGUCAAGAUAAUGCUGCAGAUCAGACUCGUGUCAUGCAGGAACAGAUGCAGAUGCAAAUGCAGAUGCCACAAGACCCAAGCAAGGCAUUUAAGGCUGAGUGGGAGGCCUUGGAGAUUGUCCAACAUGAAUGGUCACUAGAAAAAGUUGAGGAAGAGAUGAUGGAAGACUUUUCACCAACAGACAUUAUGGACGACAUUGCUAAAGACAAAUAUGUUUGAUAGACAUCCAAAUUAUGACCCCCUGAUGUAAAAAUCCUGAUGCUUAUGUUGUCGCGGAAUCAAGAGGACUGUAUACUUCUUUGUUUUCUAAACGCGUUUAUUUUCUUCCAUCACUCCUGACAAUCUGAACAUACUAACACUCUAACGAUCUAAAACCAAUCUGCCCUUACAAUUCAGUGCUACUUCGUUUUACAGUUCUAGUUGCGAAAUAAAGUAAUUUUCCCACAAUCACGAGUUCAGUAAAUUCCCAAUCCCAAAGUACUGUAAUAUACCCUAUUUUAGUUGCAAUUUCACAAUUACACGUUUCUUUCCCUUAUUUAGUUCACUGUACGCAUGCAAAUCAGUGUUGAACUUUGUUUACAACGUUGUGAAAUAUCAUGUCACGAAAUCUUCCUAUUCGCGUUACAAUCAGUCUAGUAUUUCGUUACAUUGUGUGACAAUUUAUAACAUUAACCAUUAAUUAUAAAGAAAUCGUUCUCGACACUGUCCUUGAAAAAGUGAUGGGGCUUUGACCUGUGCCCUAUGGGGUAAAACCUGUCUAUUUGUGGUCCAAGUCAAACAAAUUUAUGUUCAUUGUGGUAGGAAAUUCUGAAACCUUAAAAAUGGUUAAUCUUCUAAAAAUUCCAAGGAACCCAGGCCCUGUGGACGAAAAAGCUGCCAAAGAUGAGAAAACGGUCGUAGUGUGGUGGAAAGGCUAGCAUAUGAAGGUGGUUGAGUUGAUGGGAAGUUUUCUUACAUUUCUCAGUUAGUAAGUGCACUGUCAUAGGGCAAUUUAGUGGGUUUUAUUUACUGUAUGGCCGGCAAAA